AUAAGGAGCACUUUUUCCGGUGGCAUCGGCAAUGGAGAGUCCAUUUUCUUCUUGGACACUGGUGGCGGAUCGUAAGGGUUUCUGUGCAACAUUUUUUGUCUCCCGCGAGACUGGGCCUAGGGACUUGGCCUUCUUCUUGGAAGGCUUUGGUUUGGGCAUAACAAAAGAGAUGUCUGGGGCCGGAGGUGGAAUGGGAGGGAGAGCAACUGACCUAUUAACCUCUGGUUGGGUCGGGCUACGUACUUGGGCUUCAACGAUUGGACAAGGGUUGACGUCCAUCUCAGCUGUACCAUCAUUUGAAAUUGCUUUGUUUCCCGUCUCCGCCACUGCUUUUUUCUUUAUUUGCCCCGAUCAAUUCGGUUUCCUCAUCCAUCAAUUCCUCAAUUAUAGCAAAACGAUUUUGUUGCGAGA